UUCGCAUUUUUUAUUGUUUGAAAUGUUUUCCGAGGAAUAAUUUUUAAACUUUGAGUAAGCAAAUGUACAAAUGAGAAUGUUAAGUUUUCGAUCAUCGAUGAUUUUGUAAUCCUUUUCUCGGGGAGCCACUGUGGCGAAUAUGAAAGCUUUCACAACUAGAAGUACAUUGUUCCGCUUUAAAACUUUAUGGGAGCUGUAGAGAGUAAGGCCGAGGAAAACAGUAUCAUACGAUUCGUGGAUUCCGUAGAAGUCAGGCAAGAAAAAGGAUCUUCAGUUCGUGGAAAUGAUCAUGUGUCCACCGACUACGUCCCUGAAGACAAAGAUUGGAUAUCACACUACCCUAAAGCUGACGAUUCUCAUGGAAUUGCCACGGUCGCUCCAGCAGACACCAUGCUGUAUGAGCAAAGCUAUGAAGACUUUGAGAUUCUCGGCGAUACGGCAGUACAAACGAGCAACCAAGGAGAAGUCGAGAUAACAGGCAGCCAAUCAGAUCUAAUCAAGAUCGACGAGAAUCAAUCGCCAGUUUCUGAAGGAUUGAAGUACUACAAACCUCCAAAAAGAACGUCGUUCAAGAAGAAAACAACUGAUCCGAAAGCUGUCCAAGAUGGCGGAAAAUCGAUCUCGCGUGACAGUGUUCUGUCUACCUUGAAUAGUUCGUCGAAGCUUGCUUCGUUAUUUGGCCAGGAUAGAGCGUCAUUCUCUGGAGGGAAUGAAUCCCUGACGUACACGGCACCUAAACAGCCAAAGAAGGAGAAACCGGCAGCGCAGACUGGUGGUGGUGAAACAGCACUCUUAUGUGCCACUGCAGUUCAUGCCUACAAAUAUGUUAAUGGUCAAUAUGCCAGUCAGGGAAAACUGGGUGCAGCGGUUUUGGCAAAUCAUUCAGCAAAUGAUUACAGGAUACUUAUUUACGCUUCUAAACAACAGCAAGUUACCACAGGAAAAAUUCACGGAAACUUUUCAUUUACGGUGCAAGGAGGUAAUUAUGCGAGUUUUUACGAUGAUCAGAGACAAACAUGGUCACUCUGCUUUGACUCAGACAAAAAUGUCACAAACUUUGCUAAACAGGUCGGUUUAUCAAAGUUCAACUCUGCAUCAUCAAAUCUGUGUACUCAAGACCUUGUCCUUGGUGACGGAACGGCCAUUGAACUAGGAGAUGCAUUGGAAGUGAAAUACACAGGAUGGUUAUGGACAAAUAAUGGUUUCGGAAAAGUGUUUGAUGGCAAUACUGAGACUGACAAAACGUUUAGAUUCAAAACAGGAAAAGGAAAGGUGAUCAAGGGAUGGGAACAGGGCGUAAUAGGCAUGAAAAAAGGUGGAAAGAGGUUAAUAGCAAUUCCUUCAGCUCUGGCAUAUGGAGAAAAGGGUGUACCUUCCAGAGUUCCUCCUAACUCCUCACUUUUGUUUGAAGUUGAAGUUUUAAGGAUCAAGUCCAAUAGAGAAACAGCUGACUCUCCAGUGACAGUCCAGGAACCUGUCACUUCUCAAAGCACAGAUCAAUUGCCUGACAUUUUGUCUGAGCCAUCUGGUACAAGGAAAAGAUCUACAGACUCUGUAUCACAGCUGAGUGUGUCCAGUGAUGCUGGCAUUAAAGGUAGGACUGCAUCAAUCACUGAACAACUUUCUCAGUCCCCUGAGAAAGGCACAGACAAGGCUCGCUUACUUGCCAGAAUGUCCAAAAUGGGAAAGAAUCCAUUAUCUUUGCCUGGAGCAGCGGUAGCUGAACCUGAACAUGAGGAUAUGGAAGAACCUGAGCAGGAGGUUCCACACAGUGCUGAGCCCCAUGUAAAAGAGAGAACAGCGAGUAACACAACAAGUCCACCACCCAUUAGCUCCAACCCGCAUCCCAGUGUACGAACCAAACCACACCCUCCACCAAGACCGGCACCUCAAGUACAUCCUGACGUUCACCAGCCAGUUCACAAUCCAGCACCUGCUCCACAGCCAAUACAACAGCCUGUUAUCAACCCACAGCCAAUGAUGCCAUCAGCAUUCACACCACAGCAGCAGGUGGCACUAUAUCAGCCACCUGUCAGUAUGGGUUAUCCUAUGAUGGCACCUCAGCCACAAAUUAUAACUGCACCAUAUUCAGCCCCACCACCACCCCCUCCACCGCCUCCACCACAGCCCACUGCUAAUGAUGCCAUGGUCCCGGUAUUGAUGGCAGAGACAAGGCAACAACAGGGGGAGAUACGCAUGUCUAUUGGCAAGCUGUCAGACAAGAUUGAUGAGCUUUCAAACAAGGUUGAUCGUCAUCACCAGAGUUCAGGUCAGCUAUCAGGCCAACUGACUCCUGUUGGUCAGAUGGCUGGUGUUGGUGCGUUUGGCAAUCCACAAGCUGCAAUGGAAGCUGCUGUUCUAGUUCACAACGUAACUCGAAUAGUGCAGGAAAACGAGAAAUUUAAAGCUGAAGGUGCAGAAAAGUCCAAAAAAAUAGAGUUGCUUAAUGACAAGAUAUCAGACUUACUGCAGAAGAAUCAGAGAUUUGUUGAACAGAGCAACACAAUGUUGGAACAGAGGAGCGACUCCUUGCAAGUAAACACCGCGCAGUCGCAAGCACGAGUGUUAUCCCUUGAGCAAGAAAAGAUAUCCAUGAGUGGGGAACUGACAACAGCCAAAACACACUUAGCAGCACUUCAGAAUGAAGUCACAUCUCUUCGCCAAAGAGAGGCGGAACUCAGCAGCCAACUUAGUAAAGUGACGUCAGAAGCUGACAAAUACAGAAAUGAGCUCACACGUGUUAAAGAUUCACACACAGAGAGUACUGAACAGAGCGAUCAACUGAAGCAGAGUCUCAAGGAAGAAAAACAGACAAGAAAAAGACUGGAAAGCAAAGUAGAUCACAUUGAAGAAGAACUGAAUGAUUUAAGACACGAAAAAGAAAGUUUAGAAAGGGGUCUCGGAGAUCGAAAAAAGAAACAUGCAGCGGACAAGAAAAAGUUCGAAGAGGAACUGGAAGAACUGCGAUCACAACAGGAAGAAGAAAUAAAGUUUUUGAAGGAAAAACAUAGAAAGGAAAAGCAAAGCAGUGGAUCAGUCACAGCGAAACAGGUUGCACAGGCGGAAGCGGAACUCGAAUCCAGGUGGACAGAAAAGGCAGAAAAGAUGGUUGCACAGACGGAGGAGAAAUGGAAGAGGAGAUUUCAGGAAGUGUCGGAUGAAAAAGAGGAGACGGUCAAAAAAUUGGCAGAGCUUCAAGAAAAGUGUUCAUCACUGAAAACAAGCGAAGAUGAAAAGGAGGAAAAGAUCAAAGAUCUCCAGGAGAAAUUAGAAGACCUUGAAGGAAUACGCGAAAAGUAUACGCGACUUCAAGCUGCACAAACUGACAAAGAUUCCGAGAUGGAAACACUGCGAUCAACACAGCAAGAACUAGAUGCAUUACAAGCCAAGUACCAAGAGGUUCGCUCCAGAACACUGAAAAUGAAGGAACAAUUCGAGGAGCAACUGGCAUCUGCAGUGGAGGAGCGUGAAUCUGCAGUUUCUGAAGCGUAUAGGAAAGGUGUGAAGGAAGGAAAAGAACAGGCUGGUGCCUACGAAAAACAACCCUUAGUUAACGUAACGGAUGAAGUCAAGCGGAUAAUGAACACGGUUUACCACAUGCUGAGGAAUGACUUUGAGGCUGAUGAUACUUACACCGGGUCGGACAUCAUGAAGGUUGUUCUCAAGACUAUCAAGGUACGAACAAACUUACUCACAAGUCACAUUUUUAAUGAACAGGAACCUGUCCGUGUACAGGAAGAAAUAAAGUUUUUGAAGGAAAAACAUAGAAAGGAAAAGCAAAGCAGUGGAUCAGUCACAGCGAAACAGGUUGCACAGGCGGAAGCGGAACUCGAAUCCAGGUGGACAGAAAAGGCAGAAAAGAUGGUUGCACAGACGGAGGAGAAAUGGAAGAGGAGAUUUCAGGAAGUGUCGGAUGAAAAAGAGGAGACGGUCAAAAAAUUGGCAGAGCUUCAAGAAAAGUGUUCAUCACUGAAAACAAGCGAAGAUGAAAAGGAGGAAAAGAUCAAAGAUCUCCAGGAGAAAUUAGAAGACCUUGAAGGAAUACGCGAAAAGUAUACGCGACUUCAAGCUGCACAAACUGACAAAGAUUCCGAGAUGGAAACACUGCGAUCAACACAGCAAGAACUAGAUGCAUUACAAGCCAAGUACCAAGAGGUUCGCUCCAGAACACUGAAAAUGAAGGAACAAUUCGAGGAGCAACUGGCAUCUGCAGUGGAGGAGCGUGAAUCUGCAGUUUCUGAAGCGUAUAGGAAAGGUGUGAAGGAAGGAAAAGAACAGGCUGGUGCCUACGAAAAACAACCCUUAGUUAACGUAACGGAUGAAGUCAAGCGGAUAAUGAACACGGUUUACCACAUGCUGAGGAAUGACUUUGAGGCUGAUGAUACUUACACCGGGUCGGACAUCAUGAAGGUUGUUCUCAAGACUAUCAAGGAGGUGACCAUGAAACUUGUGAGCGGAAAAUCGGUCGAGAAAGAAGAAAGUGAUGAUGAAGAGGAAGAAGACGAAGAAGAGGAGGAAGAAGCGGAAGAAGAUGAAGAGGAAGAAGAAGAGGAGGAGGAGGAAGAGGUUAAAGUAGAGGGAAAAGAAGAAGAGAAACUUGCCAGGGAGAAAUCAGUAGAGAAGGAAGAGAGUGAAGAGGAAGAGGAACAAGAGUUGGAGGGCCAAGAAAAAGGAGAGGAGAUUAAACAAAGUGUCGACGAGGAGGAUGAGGACGAAGCAGAAGAAGAGGACAAAGAUAGUGAAAAUGUGUUAACAGAGGUAGAAGCGGAAGGUGAUAAUGCACAAGAAGACGAAGUAGUGAACAAUGAACAAAGUGAAGACGAAGUAACGACGAACGAACAGAAGAUGGAAGAAACCGGAGAUACAAAACCCCCUGACGAGGAGAGUAGACAAGCUGGUGAUUCUGUUGAGUCUGAAGCAGUUGUAAAAGAUUCAAAUGAUGGGAUAUUAGAAAGUAGUAAUGUUGCGGAAGACAAAGAAGAUAUUGAUAAUUUAGAAGACAAUACUUCAGAAGCUGACUCUUUUCCAGGAAAUCAAGUGGACGUACCUUCUUUAGAGGAGCUUUCUGCGGAAGCAGAGGAGAACUCUAGAACUGAAUUCGACAGAACUGACACCUUAGAAAAUGUAGUGCAGUCUGUACCAGACGAAAGUAAAGCCGAAGAGCCUCAGAAUUAUUCUGUCGCUGAAGAAAAGGAAGAGCAACUAAAAGAGGAGCAAGUCUCAAAAGAAGCCCAGGUGGACUCGACGCAGAGAAACACCAUAAGUGAGGACAAACUUAAAUCGUUAUUUGCUGAUGAUGAUCAUGAUGACGUGGAAGCAACGUUUGGUUCGUUGUCUAAGAAAAAGGAACAGGAAAAUCCGGAUUCUCCACCACCCCGUGCUGUACCACCGCCAUUGUUUGAUGAUGACGAUGACGACGACCUUGAUUGGUUUAAGUGAAAAGAAAAAUCUCUAUUUUGACUGAAUAAUGUAAUCAUAUGAGGUAAUGAUGUGACAUAUUUCGUAGUCUAAUUCAGGUCCUUCAAUCGUUGGUAAUGUUCGUGUAACAGAAAUUAUGCCAUGUUAGAGAAGAAAAUAUGUAAUGAGUUAAGACAUGUAGGUUAAGGACAUUCCAGGAUCUCUAUUCCAUGUCAUCUCAGGCCACCCGCGUCUAAAUAAACGUCGUUUGCGAAAUUUGGGAGCAACAGUGUACACAAGAUAAAAAAAAUGUUUUCAAAUUCGUCCCCAUCGUCUCCUGUUUCAAAUAUCGCGUUUCCUGUUUGCUAACUAAAUAUUUAGCAAUUGGUGUUCCUGCCCAAGUUUUCUGUGAACGAAUGGAAUGAGCAAGGUGCAGCAAUAUUAUUGUCGUUUUCUUUGACAAUCUAAGGGAUUGUAGUCCAAAAUCUACUGUUUUAUGUAUUUGGAUGCUAUGAAUGAAAAAAAAGAGCGACGCGCCCGCUCUCGUCUUGUGUCAGUGAAUAGACAGCAAUAAGAGAACCAAUCAGAUUCGUGGCUUUCCAAUAGUACACUCUUAACCUCAAAUAAUAUUACAUGUAAAGUCGGUAAUGUUUUGCAUCCCAAAUAAAUCCCUUAAAUUUCGUGUCAUAUCUAGCUCCCUCGAGCAGUAGUUACACAGUAUCAUUUUGUAGUCAAGUGAACUCGUGUUGUGUUAGUGUUGAUGAAGUGGUAUUAACACAUGUUGCUAUACGAUAAAACUAGAUGCCAAGAUUGUUUGAAAGUGAGAGAGGGGUGACCUUCUUUCACGGUCCACAAUUCUUGUUACAUUUAAACGCAAAAAUACCAUUUUUCUGCCAUGCUUGCACACAGUCUGAUGUAAGUACUCAAGCAGUUUAAGAGAUAACUCUUUCAACUGUGCUCAAACGGACUUUAGUAAAUUAACGAGAAUUGAACUCGCUGUCUUGUUUGCAUCAAGCUUUAUUGUACAGGCAAGGACUUUAUAUCGUUUUCGUGUCAUACACAUCAUUUGCGUCUUAUUUUCCGUACUUUUUUUCUUUUUUGAAGCAUGGUGUGCGGAUGUAAAAAUAGUAAAGCGUAAUUCGCUGCCAUGUUGAGCGCAGAGUUGCGUUGAAAUUUCUUACUGUUAAUUUACGUAGUUAUUGUUUCAACGCUCGUUGGAAUUUAUUAACGCGAGAAAAUGUGUAAGAUUCAGGAAUCUUGUGCCAGUAGAUUCAAUCCAAGGCAAUAAACAGUGGCCAAUCCCUCUUUGACACGCGCCUGCAGGGAAUCAUGGUAGUUGUAUUCAUCAAAACAAAUAUCCAGUCCAAGAUGAUGAAUACAACUACCAUGAUUCCCUGCAGGCGCAUCGCGUAGAGGGAAUUGGCCAGUCAUUUCACAAACUCUGAACUAAAGGAAAUGAGUACAAAGCAUUUCGUUUAGUACUCUAGAAAUAUCUGAUUUUAAUAUGGUAGAUACCCUCGGUAAAGUUUAGCCUAAAGGUCUCUAAACCCUCGGAUACUCUAAUGGCUAGUAAAGCAAUUUUUGGUCAUCAAUUAGUAAAGCCCAUCUUUAGUUGAUAUCAAGAUUGUGUGACAAGCCAUAGAAUAACUUCAUAGGAGACUAGAGGCGCUUGAUUUAUAAGUCACUGGUUGUGAAUGUGUAAUUAAGAAUUAUAUUUAUGUAAUAAAACAAAUGAAUUUGGAACAGAAUAAAGCUGAAAAAGUUUCUACAAA